CCCGGCGGGUGGCACAUGUCUGAGGUUAUCCAGGCUGUCUUCUUUGGGAUUUGUGUCUUGACCGACUUGUCCAGUCUUCUCACUAGAGGAAAUGACAGUCAAGAACAAGAGAGGCAGCUGAAAAAACUCAUUUCCCUCCGUGACUGGAUGAUGGCUGUUCUAGCUUUCCCAGUUGGAGUGUUUGUCGUGACGAUGUUUUGGAGCAUCUAUAUCUAUGACAGGGAACUGGUUUACCCAAAGCUACUUGAUAAUUUUAUACCAGCAUGGUUAAAUCAUGGAAUGCACACAACAGUUUUGCCCUUUGUAUUAAUCGAGAUGAGAACAACACAUCAUCAGUAUCCCAGCAGGAGCUGUGGACUGGCUGCAGUGUGCACCUUCGCUGUUGGCUAUAUUUUAUGGGUGUGCUGGAUUCACCAUGUUACAGGAGUGUGGGUGUACCCGCUUCUUGAGCAUCUCAGCCCAGGUGUCAAAAUAAUCUUUUUUACAGCUGUAACCGUAAUUAUUAAUAUAUUCUACUUGGUGGGAGAGGUCCUGAACAACUACAUCUGGGAUACACAAAAAUGUAUCGAAGAAGGAAAAGAAAAGCCGAAAUUGGAGUGAACAACAAGAGGCAACAUAGAAGAUUGUUUAUGGCUCCAUGGAAGAUUUCUCAUCCCCAACAGAGGUCGCCAUGGAGAGGAAUCUUUGGAAAGGAGGAAGUUUAAUGGGCCCUCUGUUCAGUGCAAGGAUAUUUUUGGAUUUUAUAUGGAGGGAAAAUGAUUUUAGCUAAAAAUAAUAAUAUCAUUUCAACGUUCAUUCCUAUUUCUCCAUGCUUGCAUGUGACAUACACAUAUAAGAUGUAUAUUUAUCUCCAUGGCAUUCUCAAUGUGCAUUUCUUGAAUCAAAUAAGUCAUUAAAUCAUUAAGUCAUUAGAUCACUUCUGCCAAGAAGAAGGAGUACAUUCUCUGUAUUGUUUGAGAAAAGCUUAACCAGAUAGGUCUAAUGCAGGGAAACAAAACAAUUCUAUAUAUUUCAAAGUACAGCAUACAAGCUAAUUGCAUGAAUGUAUCUAAAGAACAGUUCAGUUUGACUGAAAUAUCAAUGUAACACUAUGUAACAGCUGCCUUAAAUUUGUGAUGUUAAUAAUUUUAUCAGUCUAGCAAAAUCUUAUUUGCGGUGUUAGAAUAUCUUCUUAAAUAGGCCUAAAUAAAGAACAAAUUAUCCUUGCA